CUCUCUCUCUCCCACCCAUCUCCCUCCUCCUCCUCCUCCUGCUGCUGCUUCCCAUCCCGCCGCACCGAUUCCUGAGCUGAGCAUGGCUCGGUCGGGCUUCUUCCUCGGAGUCCUCCUGGCGUGUCUCGCCUGCAGCGUGCAGGCGUGUCCCCCGAGCUGCCACUGUCACGGCGGAGACCUGCAGCACGUCAUCUGUGACAACGCUGGCUUGAAGAAGAUCCCCAAGGUGCCCGAGCAAACACGGCUGCUCAACCUGCAGAAGAAUAAUUUCCCCGUGCUGCCCACCAACGGGUUCCGGGACAUGAAGAAGUUGGUGUCCCUUCACCUCCAGGGCUCGCGGAUCAAGGAGAUCUCGACAGGAGCCUUCAGGGGGCUCAAGAGCCUGGUCUACCUCUAUCUCACCGACAACCAGAUCAGUGUCAUAAAGCCAGGAGCCUUUGAUGACCUGUCUGAGCUCACCUACCUGUACCUGGACCAGAAUAAGAUCCCUGACUUAUCCAAAGGGAUCCUCUCCCCUCUCGUCAACCUCUUUAUCCUGCACCUAGGCAGCAAUAAAAUCCAGGAGCUGAAGCCAGGGGUCUUCAGCGGUGCUAAAGACCUGCGCUGGCUCUUCCUCUCUGACAACUCCCUCACCAGCCUCGUGCCCGGGGCCCUGGAGGACGUGGAAAACCUCGCUGUGCUGCACCUGGACAAGAACCAGCUGAGCAGCUACCCCGUGAACGCCAUGAGCAAGCUGCGGGUGCUGGAGGAGCUGAAGCUUUCUCACAACCCCAUCGAGGUCAUUCCCGACAACGCCUUCCAGUCCUUCGGGCGGUACCUGCAGACUCUCAACCUGGACAACAUGAAACUGAAAAAGUUUGCAGACAACGCGUUUGCUGGUGUGACCGUUCUGAAGACUGCUCACCUCGAGAACAACCGGCUCACCCAGCUGCCCCGCAACUUCCCCUUCGACAAGCUGGAGACCCUGACGCUCUCCAGGAACGCCUGGCACUGCACCUGCCAGCUGGCACAUCUGCGCAAGUGGCUGAAGGGCAACCGCACCCGCACGGAGGACACAUGCUCCACGCCCGCGCAGUACCGGGGGCAGUCCAUCCGAGACACCCCUGCCCUGCGCGCCUGCAAGCUGCCCACCAAGAGGUCCAGGAAAGGAAGCCGUCAUUAAGCACCAGGCCCUGGUAUGGCCUGUCCUGGCGACCGGUCACUCCAACCACCAGAAAACUACUGACUUCCGAGUCCUUCCUUAAGCUUCUCCUACCUGUCAGGAAACAUAUCUGAUAUAUCCCAACACCUCCAGCCUCCUCCGAAUCCCCGCUUCUCUGCUGAUCGCAGGAUGGAAUCCACCUUCUCAAGCUUUUCCGACAUCUAUGUAUUUUAAAAGAGGCAUUUUUAAAACCUAAACUAUGCAUGAGCAUACUAAGACGAGCUAAGCUAGAUCCUGCCGGUAAAACACAGUCAUCUUUCCCCGAGGCAAGGUAACCACAGCCCUGAUCAAUCACUUUGUUUUGAUUGAUCCUACAAGCAAGUAGGAAGGCAGAAGCGUUCUCCCCCAGCUGCUUGAUCAGGAAAAUUGGGCUCAAGCCAUGCAAAAAGACUCCUCUGCCUACCCCCGGAGGGGAUCCCUGCAGGCCAGGGCUGAGGAUGAUAGGGGAAGCGAUGCCCAGAGCUGCCCUUUUGCUACGAAAGGCAGCGAUUUCCCUAAGUCAGGCAGAAAUCUUGAAGCGAAGCAGUACUGGGAAAGGCUGAAACUGAAGCAAGCUGAGACUGGAUUCCCUCCCACCCUGUGGGGUCUCCCAAGGUACACGCAUGUCCCAGAGGAGAAGGUGUGCACCGUGCUCCAGCACCCCUCCUCCUCUCUCUGCCCGUACUCCAGAGGAUCUAGCAGGACACCAGGAUGACUGUGGUUUAUUGUCACGGCUAUCACAAUGCCACAGUUGCAACUUAACUGUGUUUUUUAAUCCUAAAGAGUUAUAUAAAUAUAUGUAUAUUUAUUCCUCUGUAA